AUGGUGGCUGGCUUCUCAACCAAGGGGCUCUUGCUCCUGGGGCUCCUGUCCGGCUUCACGGCCGGUGAUGCCUCGAAACCAAUCUACAAGGACCCCAGUGCUUCAAUUGAUGAUCGAGUUUCCGACUUGCUGGGUCGGAUGACAAUCGAGGACAAGAUGGCCCAAUUGAUGCAGGGCGACAUUGCGAAUUGGAUGAAUUCCACCACUGGUGCGUUCAACUACACGGGGCUGGUCGAGAACAUGAAGAUGAAGGCGGGAAGCUUUUACGUUGGGUACCCCGUCUCUUGGGACUGGAUUGCUACCAAUGUCAAGAGAGCCCAGGACUAUCUGAUGGAGAACACGACACUCGGAAUCCCCGCACUGGUCCAGACCGAGGGAAUCCACGGCUUCCUCCUUGGCAAUGCAACCAUCUAUAACUCCCCCAUUGCUUAUGGAUGCUCGUUCAACAGGGAGCUGGUCGAAAAGAUGGCGAGUUUCAUCGGCCAGGAAGCUCGUGCACUGGGCGUCAAUCAGGUCUUUGCCCCGAACUUCAAGCAGGCUACUGACGGCCCUUCCCAGGUCGAGGAGAUGUUCUCGGAAGACCCAUAUCUUGCCGGCGAGAUGGGUUAUCAUUACACAAAGGGACUGCAGAGCACGAAUGUGUCCGCGACCGUCAAACAUUUCAUCGGAUUCGGUGAGCCCGAACAGGGCAUUAACACUGCGCCGGUGCAGGGAGGCGAGCGGUACCUCCGCUCAACUAGCUACGUGCCCCCUUUCAAACGGACCAUCAUGGACGGCGGAGCCUGGAGUAUCAUGAGCGCCUACCAUUCGUAUGUUCUUUUCCCUGGAUUACGCGAAGCGUCUCUCACCAAAGAUAGAUACGACGGCAUUCCCGCUGUUAGCGACUAUCAUACCCUUACCGAGAUUCUGCGAGAGGAAUGGGGCUAUGAAUACUAUGUCAUCAGCGACGCAGGCGCCACAGACAGAUUGUGCGGCGCGUUCAAGCUCUGCCGCAGCUCCCCCAUCGACAUGGACUCUGUCACUCUCCAGGCUCUUCCUGCGGGCAACGACGUUGAAAUGGGCGGUGGUUCCUUCAACUUCCAGAAGAUCCCAGAGCUGGUCAAGUCCGGAAAGCUCGAUAUUGAGACGGUUGACACUGCCGUCGCGAGAUUGCUCCGCGCCAAAUUCGCCAUGGGUCUCUUCGAGAACCCCUACCCGGCUGCCCCGAAGGAUGAAUGGGCGGACCUCAUUCACAGCCCGGAAGCCGUGAAGGUUGCCCGCGAGCUCGACCGUGAGUCCAUCGUUCUCCUCGAGAACCAUGACAACGUCCUUCCCCUCAAGAAGAAGGGUGACAUCGCUGUCAUCGGCCCGAUGGCCCAUGGUUUCAUGAACUACGGCGACUACGUCGUCUACAAGAGCCAGUACCGCGGCGUCACCCCUCUGGACGGCAUCAAAGCGGCCGUCGGCAAAAAGGCACGCGUGCACUACGCGCAGGGCUGCGAGCGCUGGAGCAACGACCAAUCCGGCUUCGACGAGGCGAUCGCCGCCGCAAAGAAAUCCGACGUCGCCAUCGUCGUCGUGGGCACGUGGUCUCGCGACCAACAGGAACUCUGGCAGGGCCUGAACGCCACAACCGGCGAGCACGUUGACGUCAACGACCUCUCGCUAGUCGGCGCGCAGGCGCCCCUCAUCAAAGCCAUCGUUGACACGGGCGUGCCGACCAUCGUGGUACUCUCCAGCGGCAAGCCCGUCACCGAACCGUGGCUGUCGAACGCGACCUCCGCGCUGCUGCAGCAGUUCUACCCGUCGGAGGAGGGCGGCAACGCGCUGGCGGACGUGCUCUUCGGCGACUACAACCCGUCCGGCAAGCUGUCCGUCAGCUUCCCGCGCUACGUCGGCGACCUGCCCAUCCACUACGACUACCUGAACUCGGCGCGGUCGAUCGGCGACUCGGGCUACGAGACCGCCGACGGCCAGCUCGUCUUCGGCCACCAGUACGUGCUCGGCUCGCCCACGCCGUGGUACCCCUUCGGCUACGGGAAGAGCUACUCCGCCUUCAAGUACGGCGCGGUCACCCUGGACAAGACGACCGUGUCUGCGGACGACACGGUCACCGUCAGCGUGGACGUGACGAAUACGGACCGCAAGCGCGACGGCGCAGAGGUCGUGCAGGUGUAUGUCGCGGAUGAGUUUGCCACCGUCGUCGUGCCGAACCGCGCGCUGAAGGGAUUCGAGAAGGUGGUUAUCCCCGCUGGCAAGACGAAGACCGUCAAGAUCCAGCUCGAUGUGAAGGAGCUCGGGGUGUGGAAUACGGCGAUGAAGUAUGUUGUCGAGCCCGGUGCGUUCAACGUGCUGGUUGGUAGCAGCUCCGAGGAUAUUCGUGGAAACGCCACGUUCUACGUGCAGUGA